UGUACGGUAUCUAGCCCCCUAGCGCUCCAGGUCUGUCAGGGCUGUUCUUUCCCUUUGUCUUAGCUGGAGAGAGGGAGCAAGAGAGUGAAACAGGGAGAGAGAGGAUCGCUGGUUCCUGAACAAGCGGCAUGGACUAUAGAGCACGGCUUGGAAGGAGACCCAAGGAGAUUUAUACUAUAACUUAAGGGCAACCUACACCUAUCUUUCUAUUGUUUAAAAAAAUAUAUAUUUUCAUUUUGGGGAGUUUAUUGACCUUCCUCAGCCUAAGUGCUCUUGUGGAGGCCUUAUCUAGUGAUUAAAGGUUACUCUGUGAUUCUUGGGGUGUGUGGUUGUUCCUAACUUGUCCCUAGACCAUGCAUGCCCUGUGGAUGCUCCUGCUCCCGUGCCUGUCUCUGGCGCCCCUCAUCCCGGCCGAGAAGGGCCUGGAGUUCCCUCGCUAUGACGGGAAAGACAGAGUCAUCGACAUCAAUAACAAGAACUACAAGAAGGCCAUGAAGAAGUACACCAUGCUGUGUCUGCUGUACCACAAACCCAUCCCUGAUGGCAAGGAGCUGCAGAAACAACACCAGAUGAUUGAGAUGGUGCUGGAGCUGGCUGCUCAGGUUAUGGAGGAAAAGGAGAUUGGGUUUGGAAUGGUAGACUCCCACAAAGACACCAAGGUUGCCAAGAAGCUGGGCCUGGUGGAAGAGGGCAGUGUGUACGUGUUCAAGGCAGACCGUGUGAUUGAGUUUGACGGCCUGCUCUCUGCCAACACCCUGGUGGAGUUCCUACUAGACCUUUUGGAGGAGCCUGUGGAGGUGAUAGGAAAUGCUCUGGAGCUGAGGGCAUUUGACAGGAUGGAGGAAGACAUCCGCCUCAUUGGAUACUUUAAGAACGAGGACUCAGAACACUACAGUGCAUUCAAGGAGGCUGCAGAGCAGUUCCAACCCUACAUCAAAUUCUUCACCACCUUUGAGAAAGCUGUGGCCAAGGAGCUGACCCUUAAAAUGAACGAGGUGGAUUUCUACGAGCCGUUCAUGGAGGAGCCUGUCACCCUCCCUGACAGGCCCAACUCUGAGGAGGUGAUUGUGGCUUUCGUCACUGAACACAGAAGGCCAACACUGCGAAAGCUGCGUGCUGAGGACAUGUUUGAGACAUGGGAGGACGAUGUGGAGGGGAGCCAUAUAGUGGCCUUCGCAGAGGAGGAGGACCCUGAUGGUUAUGAGUUCCUGGAGCUGCUGAAGGAGGUGGCUAGAGACAACACCCACCACCCUGGUCUCAGCAUAAUCUGGAUCGACCCUGAUGACUUCCCCCUGUUGAUCCCCUACUGGGAGAAGACCUUCCAGGUGGACCUGUUCAAACCUCAGAUCGGCGUGGUCAACGUUACGGAUGCUGACAGCAUCUGGCUGGAGAUGGAAGAACAGGACCUGCCCACAGCCCAGAAGCUGGCGGACUGGAUAGAGAACGUCCUGUCUGGCAAGUUCAACACCGAGGAUGACGACGACAAUGAUGAUGACAACGACGACGACGAUUCUGAUGACUCUGAUGAUGAUGAAGACGACGAUUCUGAUGACUCUGAUGAUGAUGAAGACGACGACAACGAUUCUGAUUACUCUGAUGAUGAUGACGACGACGGUGAUGACUCUGAUGAUGAUGAAGACGACGACGACUACGGUGAUGACUCUGAUGACUCUGAUGAUGAUGACGAAGAAGAAGACGACGAUGAUGAAUAAUUCAAGAACUGUGAAUUUGUAAUCUAGAAUUCAUAACAUUGUUGUAUAGUCGCUUUACUGUACUAUCAUUAAAGUGAACAAGUUCAGGGUGAGAGAAAUAGACCUGAAAGCUUUUAUAUAAUAUUUUGUACAAUGUGUCUGGCCUAAGUCAACCGUUCUGCAUUAUAAGAAAACCCAUUAACAGCUUUUGUUUUUCAAGAAUCUGGAAAGAAAUCUGUUGAUAAACUGAAAUUGAUCUGAAAGAGAGAAUUAACAAUGUGUUGACAAACAGAGAUACUUGAGAAAACUCCAAACAGUACUUUCCAUCCUUCCCUUAAUACUACUAAUUUAUGAAAAUGGUUCGCGACCAAGACAAAGACAUAAAUCUAACUUUUGUUUGAUCAAUGAACUGCUGCUGUACACUAUCCUAAACCUCAAUAAAGUGUGUGUUUUUCGGU